AUGUUCUGUGGUUUUUACUGUCCUCACGCAGAGGGGCUGGUUGGUCACACCUCUGUGGGAGGUCCUGUGGAGGAGUUGGCUGAAAAGUGGGCUGCCGGUGAGCAACCGAAACCUGACGGUCUUAGGAUUGUCCUGAUAGGAAAGACUGGCUGUGGGAAGAGCUCCUCUGGAAACACCAUUCUGGGAAGAGAAGAAUUCAAAGCUAACCCUUUCCAAAGUUCAGUCACCAGGUACUGCCAGAAAGCACAGGGUGAAGUUGCUGGCCGUAAAGUCACUGUGGUCGAUACUCCUGGACUAUUUGACACAACCUUGUCCAAUGAGGAAAUAAAUGAGGAAAUGACCAAGUGCAUCAGUCUUCUGGCUCCAGGACCUCAUGUCUUCCUUCUGGUAUUGAAGAUUGAUAGGUUUACUACAGAGGAGAAGGAAACGAUGAAACUGGUGAAAAAGGUCUUUGGAUCAACUUCUCACCACUUCACCAUCAUCCUCUUCACUAAAGGAGAUGAAUUAGAUCAUUUUAGGGUCUCAGUAGAAGAAUAUAUUGAAAAAACAGAGGAUUUCAUUAAGAAUCUAAUUGAAGAUUGUGGAGGAAGGUACCAUGUGCUUAAUAACUAUGACAAAGAAAACAAGAAACAGGUCUCUGAACUGAUAGAAAAGAUUGAUAAGAUGGUGGAGAUAAACAGAGGUGGUUGUUUCACUAAUGAAAUGCUAGAUGAGGCUGAGGCAGCAAUCCAGAAAGAGGUGGACAAAAUCCUAAAAGAAAAGGAGAAAGAGAUCAAGAAAGAGCUGGAAAAACUCAACAGACAACGGGACGAAGAAUUGAACGAGUUGCAAAAAACUUUGGAGGAACAAAGAGCUCACCUU